CUUGUAUACAGUAGUUUUACCUGCUACGUAUUUUAAGUCCUUGACACCGCUUUGUUUCAUUCACUUCUCCUUCACCAACAAAGCAACUUUUUAAAGGUGUUAUGAACAACUAUGAGGUGAUCCGUCAGAUUGGAGAAGGGGCGUUUGGGAAAGCCUUCCUGGUCCGAGACAGAGGGGGAGGACCAGACCAGCAGUGUGUGAUCAAACAGAUCAACCUGAGGAAGAUGUCAGCAAAAGAAAAGGAAGCUUCUAAAAAGGAGGUGACACUGCUGUCCAAAAUGAAACACCAGAACAUCGUUGGCUUUAUCGGGUCGUUUCAAGAGAGAAACAGCCUGUACAUAGUGAUGGAGUACUGUGAUGGAGGAGAUCUGCUGAAGAAGAUCAACAUGCAGAGAGGAGUCCCCUUCACUGAGGAGCAGGUCAUGGACUGGUUCGUUCAGAUCUGCCUGGGCCUCAAGCACAUUCACGACAAGAAGGUUCUGCACCGAGACAUCAAAUCUCAGAAUAUCUUCCUAACCAGUGGAGGGAUGAAAGCGAAGCUGGGGGACUUCGGAAUUGCAAGAAUGUUGAAUAACACCAUGGAGCUGGCCCGGACCUGUGUGGGGACGCCAUACUACCUCUCCCCAGAGAUCUGUGAAAACAGACCGUACAACAACAAGACGGAUAUCUGGUCCCUCGGCUGCGUCCUGUAUGAACUCUGCACCCUGAGGCAUCCAUUCGAGGGUAGUAGCCUGAGGCAGCUGGUCAGUAAGAUCUGCAGGGGGCGCUACAGCCCGGUCCCCAGCCGCUGCUCCUAUGACCUCCGCCAGCUGAUCACACAGCUCUUCAAGGUCAACCCCCGAGACCGUCCAUCUGUGAGCUCAGUCCUCAGACGUCCCUUCGUAGAAAAGCACAUCAGUAAACAUCUGGACCAGCAGGAGGAUUUAACCCACAAGGUGACGACGCAUCAGAACAGACCGGCAGCAUCACAUGCCUGUCAAACAAAAGCAGGUGCAGCGAACACACCAGAGAAAAUACUGAAAUCCAGAGCUGCAGAAAGACCUUGGAUCAAGAAACUACCAGUAAAACCAGACUGGAAGGUCCCACUCAGAGUCUACACUCCAGCCUACCAUAAACUUCUUCAUCAAAGAGCAGGACAAGCAGCUGAUCCAACAAACGUAGAGGCUGCAUGGCUGCAGGAACAGCGGUUGGGUGAGCAGCAGCCUGUCGGGCACUACCAGCACUACCACGCCCAGCUGGACGCCUUCCAGUGCAGGAACAAACAGGACGUCCUCAUCCCUCCUCCUCCACUGGUUCAGGACCGAGACAAGGAUCAGGUGGAAAACCCCAACGCUCCUCCAGUGGAACCAUAUCAACUUGUGGCUGCAGCUCGUAACGAAUACCUGCAGAGACGACAGGAAGCCAACCAGUACAAGCUGAGGGCGGAGAAACAGCUGGGUCUGCGUCCUUGUACAGCCGAGCGUAACAGGAAGCCCGGUUGUCAUGGGAACGAAAUCGGACAUCACGCCAACCAGCACACACCGCAGGACAAGAGACAGGAAGGACAGCAGGAGUACCUGCGUCAACUGGAGCUCAUCAGACAACAGUAUCAUCAGGAUAAAAGAGAGCUGAAGCAGCGAGUCGAAGCAGAGGCUCAGCCACAGCACAAACAUGUGACCUUUGUGGUGGACAAACCCAGAGACCCAGAACCUUCUACAGCCCAUAAAGACCAGCGCAAAGCCCCACCUGAACAGGACGUUGAAUCAGCUCUGAGGCAGAUCAGACAUGAAACCAGAGAACAGAGGAGGAAACACCACGACAAGAAGGGGAUCAUGUUUGAGAUCAGGUUGGAUGAUGAAGACACAAAAGAAGAAAAGAGGAAGAGGAGGAGCAGGAAAGUAUUGAUCCUCCUCUGUUUUCACUGUAGACAUGUUUUUCUUUCUGUCUCUCAUUAUGUCCCUGGUUCUCAAACUCAACAGGAGACGGACCUUCUGAACCGGACACUGACCUUCCAGGACGGAGCGGAGCUGAAGCUAAGGGAUUGGACGGAGGCGAGGAAGGGGUGGAGCCACAGGACGCCUCAGACUCUGCUGGACGCCCUCGCCAACAUGGACGUCAUGUCUGCGUCCAACACUGUGGUCCAGACGGAGACAGGUGAGGAGGGGGCAGUGGGUCGUAAGCACUGGGCUGACGGACCGCCCAGGACGCUGCUGGACGGCCUGGCCCAGGCUGAGCUGACGGCGUCCACUCUGGGGUCGAUGAUGGCGACGGCAGAUUUAGAGGAGAAAGACAAAACAGAAGAGAAGAAUGAAGAGGAGGAGGAGGAGGUAAAAGAGCAACAGGUAAAAGAGGAAGAGGAGGAUUCAGACGUGGAGAGUGAUGAAGAGCGUCUGGAGCCGAGAUCAGACGACGACGACACGAACUUCGAGGAGUCGGAGGACGAGCUGAGAGAAGCCGUGACGGAUUCUAUGAAGAACCUGUUUGUCAUGGAGGACGGGAGCUCGGACGAGGCAGAGGUGCAUGAUGGGAAGGAGGAGGAGAAAGUGGAGGGAGGUGCGGUCAAUCCUACAGAUGUUCAGCAAACCCAACCUGAGGAGGCGUCGCCUACAGACGCCAGCGAACAACCAGCUGUUUCCUCUGAGACGGAAGAACAUGGCGGUCCAACAGACUGUGAAGGCAAGUCCUCCGACGACCAAAACACAGCUUUAGAUAAUUAAUAAGACCAAGGACAAGGGUGAGACACCAGCAGGGAGGAGAUCUGAGGAACAUAGGAACAUUAGACCAGGUCCAGGAGCAGAAAACCAACACUGAGCCUGUUUACAUGACCAUUAGACAGUAA